AUGGGAUCAGAGAGUAUUGCUCCGAUGGUUGAGACUUCAAAAAACAGGUCUUCUCCUUGUAAAAUGAACAAAGGGAAAGUCCCCAAGAGAAUUCACAAGGCUGAAAGAGAGAAAAUGAAACGUGAACACUUGAACGAUCUCUUUCUUGAUCUUGCCAAUGCUCUUGAUCUCAAUGAUCCGAACAGUGGAAAGGCCUCUAUAUUGUGUGAAGCUUCUAAGCUGCUAAAGGACUUGCUCUGUCAGAUUCAGUCCCUCAAGAAGGAGAACGUCUCUUUGUUGUCUGAAUCUCAAUAUGUGACUGUGGAGAAAAAUGAGCUGAAGGAAGAGAAUAGUAGCCUAGAAACUCAAAUUGAGAAGCUUCAAGGAGAGAUACAGGCAAGGAUGGCUCAUUCUAAACCUGACCUGAAUGCACCUCCUCAAUUGGAGCUUGAGCUGCCAGAGCAGACAAAAUUUGCAGGAUAUGGUCUCCAAAUGCCUACCAUAGAACCUUCAUUGCAGCAAGGACCUGCUGUUUUGGUUGUUCCUUUUCGUACCGAUCUUCAAGCUGCUUUUCCAGCUCCUAACGUUACUGAUCUCAUACCAAACCCUACAUCUGUUAUCAGCAAACCACAUGCUAGAUAUCCCACACCAGCAGAUUCAUGGCCAUUGCAACUGCUUGGAGAGCAACCAACUUCUAAUUAA